CCGGCUGUUUUCAGCUCUUUCAGUCUGACCAUGGCAACACGCGAGCCUAGGGCACGUUCUGGUUCCUCUCACUAUUUUUAACAGAAUUACACAGAACUCUUCAGGAUUGAGCUCAGAGCAAAGGGCCGACAUACAGAGAGGGCGGGAUGUGAGGCCGGCUUGUCCUGCCACAUGUGACGAUAUCUUAAAUUGGUGGUGGGUCAGGCGGAGUGGCCAAGUCUUACAAAUGACACAGGUACGGGGCGUACCGCCUAGGAACUCUCAAGGAACUCAGCAUUUGUUUGUUUAGCCAGCUGAAAAGAGUGAUUAUCAGAUCUUCGUUAUUACGGCUACAGAUUUCUAAGUCCAUGUCAUCACUUUCUUUAAGUGCCAUGCCUCAGGUCCCUUUUCUGAGACGUAGAGCAACUUCACACCGCUACAUCAGUACCAAGGUCCUAUUGGCUGAGGGUGAGGAGACGCCCUUCACCAAGCACUGUCGCAACUAUGAGAACAAGUAUCAGAUUCUACAGACAGAGAUUCAAAAGCUGAAGGACCAGAUGCAGGAGCUGCACAGAGACCUGACCAAGCAUCACUCUCUCAUCAACACGGACUCCACAAAGGAGAUCCUGGAGAGAUCCGUGAACAUUGAUGAGCAGAUCGAAGCACAGUACUCUGCCAUGCAGACCUUGAGGACCAUGUUUGAGGAGGUCUGGGAAGAGACGUUUCAGAGAGUCACGAAUGAGCAAGAAAUCUACGAAGCACAGCUCCAUGAUCUUCUUCAGCUUAAGCAGGAAAACUCCUACCUGAUGACGAUUGCACGACAUAUUGGACCGUACAUAUUGUCUAUAGCAAAAGUCAAGGAGCGCCUUGAUCCCAGGUUCCAGGAGCCGAAAGAACCUGAAGACGACUGCACUGAGAUCAUGCUGAAGAUCUAUGAAGAUAAUACAGUGACCCAUGAAUCACAGCACAGUAAAGAUGAGAGCUCUUUCACAGCCUACAGUCGGGAUUCACACAGAAAUAAGAAAGCAGGAAUCUUACAGCGUGAGCCACCAAGGAACUCGGACCACCGCUGGCAAAGCAAACACAGAAAUAUUUCCGAGAAGCCGCUGCGCAAAGAGCUGCCAUUCUAACACCAUGCCUUCAACCACAACGUAAAGGACCGUCAUCAUAACCCCAUCUGGUCUGAAGUACAAAACAAAUGCAAUAAUAUUAACUAAAUAUUUAAAGUUUCUCCUGGAUAAUUUUUAGUAAAUAUGGAAACACUGCAAGAAAAUUACCGAAAGCUGUAGAGUGAAUUUUAUUCGCCAGUAAAGUAAUAUUAGUAUACAAUACUGGAAAUGUACUGGAGUAUAAUUCACAGAAAGCCGGACAAUUUAUAGUCCUUUAGCGUAUAAUCACUUUACUUACUGUAAUACAUUAGAACAACUGUUAAUUUCAUGUACAUUUUUACAGUACACUCCUUUAUACUGCAUGUUAAAUAUAUUUAACGACUGUGAAAGUUUCCUCCUGUUUCACUUGAGUUUUUGAGGUUAAAAAGGAAAGAAAUGAAACUUUCGACUGUAUUGUAAAAUUGUGCUUGGAAAAGUGUUUUAAAAAAUAAGUAUUCUGGUUUGUGUACUUUUGGUAUUAUGAUAUAAAGAAUGUUACAACAGGAAAAGUGUUUAUUAAAAUAAUGUAUAAGAAUUU